UCGAAAAGCUUUGAAACGAAGAUUCACAGACCAGUGCAGUACUGUUCAAGUUAGUUCAAAGAUAUUGAUAGUUGCCUUCUCAUUUCAGUCUGGAAAAGAGCCUCACGAUGGCAAGCAGAGGAAAGGAAGCUACAUCGAAGCUGAAGAGCAACAUGGAAGAACAGCUGGACCGACUGGUCGCCCAACUGUCAGACCUUGAGGAGGCCAGGGAGGACUUGGAUGAGGAUGAGUAUGCCGAGACCAAGCAGGAGACUUUAGACCAGUUGAAGGAAUUCGAGCAGUCCCUCGCCAAGAUGAUGAAGGGUGACAUGACACUGGUGGACACUCUAGGUGCUAUGCAAUUGGCCAUUCAAGCGGCAGUCAGUGAUGCGUUCAAGACACCGGAAGUUAUUCGUUUGUUUGCUAAGAAGCAGCCUGGACAGCUGAGGGAGCGACUAUCAGAGCUCCGGCGUGAUGCCAAAGUGGGAAAGAUCAGCGACGACCUGUGUACCCAGCAGACCGUGGAGAUCCUCGCCGCUUUGAAGAAGCUCGGUGACAAGUUAACUCCAGAGGAGAUCGAGUUCCUCUCCUCCAACUCCAGUGCUGCUCUGAACUCAUUUGAGAAAGUUUCCGGCAGUGUUGGUGGAGAUGUAUUGUCCGUGGCAGGCUCUGAAGUUGAGAAAGCGCAGCGGACGUGAUUGCUCGGCACACCGUCCACAUCAGACUUUUGCCAAGACAUGUGUGAUGCCCUGUGCAGCACACCAUUGCUACUGACAUUGUCUCGGAGGCUGAAUGUUCUCCUGCGAUGUCGCCUCGUAAUGUGAACGUCAUUGGCCCGACCUGUCUGUCUAUCUUCCUCACUUGAACAGUCAAUAGCACAGUGCUCUGCAAACAUCAAACGCUGUAUCUGCUGGAUGUCACGGACGACUAGCAAAUUAAUUGCCACCUGGGUUCUUCACCUACGGUCUGGAUUCCGGCACCUCCAGUCUCCUGCUCUUGAGGCCAACCACCUCUUUCCUACAGAUGCUUAGUAGUGUAGUACACUUUUCUAUACUUCCUAAAUUUAGGGUGUACUCCAGAACCGGCGUUUACAUAGUCAUGGUACGUGUGUGCAUGCAUUCACUGCAUAACGUUAGUCGAGUGCCAUGCACUCCAGGACCGAGAUAAAGGAGAUUUACUACUUUUAUAUUUGUACAGUGUUUCCUUCUCUUUUUUGUUUGAAUUAUGAACAUCCGAGAUUGGGAGAAUGUGCCACAACAAUGAAAAUAAUGCUAACGCA